AUCCAAAAUGGAACACAGAGGUAAUUAUUUUAACAGGACACAGGCCUUCCACUUAUUUAAAUAAUGUUUAAGGCCAGAUCUUAGGUUAGGCUUAUAUAUGUCUGGGCGGUGAUCUAAACCAAAACAUUUCUACUUUUAGUUUUAGGGUCAAUACUUGACUUUUCUCUUUUUUGUCCAUUACAAAACAGAGGUGCCAAGGUUGAUUAAAUACUACACCAUCACCACUGGCAAUACUAUGGGUUCUCAUACCCAAUUUAUGAGACAUCUUGGAGGAGGCUUCACUGAAGUGAUGUCACCAGAGCAGAGUGAUGUCAUCAUGGCUUUCUGUCCCAUUGUCUCUCGUGCUGGUACUGAUAUUGAGGCAGCACUGCAGCAGAUUCCUGGUAGCCAACCCCCAAAGUAUCCUCAAACUAUAUUACUGUCUCUUCUAUAUAUUAUAUCUCCACAUCAGUGUUGAUCUAGAUAGAACAUGUAUCAAGAGGCUAAUGACAUUAAUAAAUGCUGUGUUUGUCCCUCAUUCCUUUGACAGAUGAUAAACAUGUCAUUCUGGUAGUCCUGCAUCACUUUUUUAAUCCGGAGUGCACUGUACCUGACAGCAGCAGACUAGUGACCAGAGGUGAUAUAAAACUCACAGUGGACUGUCUCUUCCAUGAGAGUCAGGGAGGACUACUGAACUGUCCUCGCAACAAAGCAGCAAUUGGUAACAUUCUGAUCCAGCUGAACAUGAAGCCAAAGGUAGUUCACCCAUGUUGUAUGUGUAUAUUCGUCAUUCAUUCAUGAUCAUUCAUGAAUUGGACACACAAACCAAACACAUUUGGUUAGCAAAAUGAGUUCAUGCAAAAGCAGAUAUUUUAAUUUAAGGGUCCAAGAGUGUAAAUAAUGUUUUUUUUCAUUUAAAUAUUAGUAUUUGUUAUUUGUAAUCAAAGUAUAUAGAACUAGUUUAUUUAGUGUAUUGAAAUACUGUAUUCAUAGGUGACAGAUGUCGUCAUGGACAUCCCUGAUCACAGGAACAGGCCAGUAUGUAUAUUUUCAUUUUAGGAGUUGCCACUUAACUCAACAGCUGACAAAAUACCCAACAAUUGUAUACCACUAUAUGAUGUCAUAUAGAGCUUUUAUACAAAGUUUAUAUACAUUUUGUAUGUAAUUUGCAAUCUUUCUCUCUGCUGCAGCGCACAUUUCUUGUAGGUAAGUACCAGCUAUAAAUCAUACAUUAAUAUGAUAUGUAUGUACAAUAUCUACAUUCACAGCAGUGUUUGACUACAGUUGCAAAACCACAUCCACCACUUUCUGAUUUCAAAAACUAUUAUGAAGGAAGUGCCUCCUGUCUCGUUUCAAAGAGAUAGCUCAUCUUGAUAACUGGAUUGCCUCAUUUCCAAAUAAGCAUAAUGGAUUACAGUGUAUUUUUCCCCUUGAACUACUUUUGAUGUAAUGCAAUUAAAAAGAUAAAGCAUUCUAUCUAGAUAGUGUGAAUUAUUUCUACAUUUGCUUCAUAUUGUCUGUAUCUCUAUAGGGAUGUCAGGGAUGGUGAGAUUCUUCAUAUUUGUGUAUGGCAAUACCUUGGGUGCUUAUGUGGAUUUGACAAGACAUCUCGUCAUCAGAGGAGGCUGUACUGAAGUGAUGUCACUAGAAGAGAGUGAUGUCGUCAUGGCUUUUUGUCCCAUCGUCUCUCGUGCUGGUACUGAUAUUGAGGCAGCACUGCAGCAGAUUCCUGGUAAUUUAGUCAGGGCAGAAUCAAUCCCUCCAAAAUGAAUGGGAAAAUAGGCAAACAAAAUAAAAUGGUAAUGAGAUGAUGUGUAUUUUGUUUUCUUUUUGACAGUUGGUAAACCUGUCAUUCUGGUAGUGCUGCAUCACACCUUCAAUCGAGACUACACCGUACCUGACAGCAGCAGACUAGUGACCAGAGGUGAUGUAAUACUCACAGUGGACUGUCUCUUCCAUGAGAGCCAGGGACUACUGGAGUGUCAUCGCAAUGAAGAAGCAGUCAAAGAGAUACUGAGGAAGCUUAAUAUACAUCCUGAGGUAUUUACUCAUCACCACCAUUUUGAAUUUCACUCUGUUAAUGAUGUACUGUGAGAGAUAAAGAUAACGUUUUAAUCUUUCUUUCUUUUACAGACUGAAUCUGGAUCUCGCUGUAUGGGCCCG